AAAAUAUACAAUAGCUCUCUAAUUCUACUCUGCAUAAAGUAUGAGCAAUCAAUGAGCGCGCGCAUCACAGGCAGGAAAAAGUGCCUCGCACAUGGGCGCGCGCCCGCCCGCUCGUGUGAGUGGUGGACCGGCUUGAGCCGGAAUAUAAAGCAGCGAGACAACAGAGAAAAUUGGCAAGCGGGGCUCGGGUGAGACAGGGGAGACUAGAAGGUGGCAGAAGGGCGGCCGAGGAGCAGUACGGGACGGCCAGAUAGGACGGAGGGAAGGGGAUCCCCGAAGAGCCUUGUCUUACAUUUAAAUCUCUUUUUGUAAAAUAAUUUUAACAGCUCAUACGUGAAGCCACCACGUUCAGUGAAACCAUCAGAGAGCGAAAUAGUUAAAUGAGACUGGGUAAAACAAGGGAAAAAAAUAACAAUGAUAGGCUAGUUUAGACAGUGAAGUGUUUAUACAUAUUUAUAUAUUUUUUGUGAAGGACAUCGAUUCUCACUCAGUACACCGUGAGGACAGUCUGAAUGAUGGGUUUUGUUGCUCGAGUGAAGGGGUGCAGAGGUCCAAAUGUCUACACAGAAGAGCCUGAUGGAGGCUGGGGAUGGGUUGUGGCUGUGGCCUUCUUUUUUGUGGAAGUAUUUACAUAUGGAAUAAUUAAGAGCUUUGGAAUAUUUUUUGAGGACCUAAUGACACAACUGAAUGAAUCCAACAGCAGGGUAUCAUGGACUCUUUCCAUAUGUGUCUUUGUCAUGACCUUUACAGCUCCAUUGUCUACAAUACUGAGUAAUCGUUUUGGACAUCGACCAGUUGUCAUGUUGGGGGGUGUCCUUAUCAGCCUGGGAACUAUUCUGUCUGCCUUUGCAAACUCAAUUGUACAAAUGUAUCUGACUCUGGGCAUAAUUUCAGGACUCGGAUAUUGCCUUAGUUUCCUCCCUACUGUCACCAUCCUCUCCCAGUACUUCAAAAAGCGCCGCUCGCUUGUUACUGCAGUUGCCUCUACAGGGGAAUGCUUCUCCGUGUUUGCUUUCGCUCCAGCUUCUACUGCUCUAAAGAAUCAAGUUGGCUGGAGACACACUAUGGUUGUAAUAGGAGUUCUUCAGCUUACUAUUACUGUCUGUGGAGCUUUGUUGCAGCCUAUAGUCAUAGAAGCUGAAAAAAAGCCACAUCGGGCAGAGAAAAAACUUAGAACAGAACAAGCAGAGACAAGAUAUAUACUUGAAAAUGAACAAACACGUACAUCGAUUGACUCUGUGGACUCAGGAGUUCAGUCUCUAUCUACCUCACAGACAAAUAUCUCUGAAACCUGCAAAAAUUCAAAGGAGGAAGAGGCUGGAAUUCUUCCACCAGCCUCACUGAAAACUGAAACCUCCAACAUUCUUUUCCGAAACAAACUUCUGGAUUUCUCCCUGCUCAAAGACUGCAGUUUCAUCUGUUACACACUUUUUGGACUCUUUGCAACCAUGGGAUUCUUUGCACCUCAGCUGUUUGUCAUUCCUCUUAGCAUCAGUUUGGGAAUUGAGAAGGAGCAAGCAGCAUACAUGUUAUCUGCCAUGGCUGUGGCCGAGAUCUUUGGAAGGAUAACUGUGGGGUGGGUGCUUAACAAAGAACCCAUCCCGAAGAUUUUAAUUGAACUCAUUUGUGUCUCGCUGCUUUGUAUUGUGCUUAUCGUCUUCCCAUUUGCCACAGAUUUCUGGGGUCUUAUGGCUUGCUGUGUGCUAUAUGGUUUCUUCCUGGGAACAGUGGCUGCAACUCACAUUCCUAUGCUAGCAGAGGAUGAUGUGGUAGGCAUCCAGAGAAUGCCAUCUGCUGUGGGAGUGUACAUUUUCAUCCAGAGCUUUGCGGGGCUGGCUGGCCCACCCCUUGGAGGUUUUCUAGUAGAUGUAACAAAGAGUUAUGGAUCAGCUUUUUAUUCAUGCGCUGCUGGAAUGGGGUUGGGAGCCCUUUUCUUGGCUUUGGUAAGGCCUGCAAAAACUGGCCUCUGCAAACGAAAAAGAAGAAGGAAAUCAAGAACUGAAAAAGACUUAAAGAGCAAAAAGCCACAGGAAAUUUCUGAGGAAACUAAAGCUGAGGAAGAGUCUGAAGAAUUUCUAGAAGUUGAUUUGAUUAAAGAAGAAAUAAAUUCCAAAAGUGAGCACCAAAAUGACAUUGUUUGAAUAAUUUAAUUCCAAAGGGACCUGGGCAUGCACCUCAUGUCGUGAACCAUAGCACUCUGAACGUCUCAAUAAAGCAGCUUUUGCACAAGACAGCACCUAGAAAAAAUGGUUUUAAACAAAUGAAGUAUGAACCUAUCCCCCUGCUCCAACUUAUUUUAACCCUUAUGCAAUUAUAUAGUAGAGGUAUAUAAUAUAAAAUGCUGCAUAUUAAAGAGUACUCACAGAGGUUCCAACAAUAGGUAUCUCAAAUGAAGGCUUUUCCAAUCGGGUCAUCCUUUAUGGGUCACUUUCAAAGUGCAGGGAUUUUUCAUUGUUUUACUCCAUAAAUACUUGAACCAGACUUGCAUCCUGUGAUAGACUAUGUUGUAAAUUGCUCUCAUUUUAGUUAACAAAAAUUUGAACUGGUGUUGGCGCUCAGAGAGGCAAAAAAUCAUUGUCUUAAUUGUACAACUUCCGAGAAAUGUUCACAUCAUUUUAAAAUAAGCUUCUUAGAUGAAAUAGCCCAUGUUGUUAAAAAGAAAUGAGACAGAAUGAAACCUGUAAUUGUAACUUCUCAUAUGUGAUGGCUAGAGGAGCCUGUUUGUAUGUUCCCGCUUACACAUACACUGACUUUGGCACUGAAAAAUACCAACCUCUGCCUACUUGGGAAAAAGAAUCUCGGUCAAGUGUGAACAAAUACUACACACAUCUAACAGGUCAAACAUUGAGCCUGCUAAAGCAUGGGAGCCUUGAUUCUGGAAUCCAAUUUUUUUUUUUUCUGGAAAGAAAUUAAUGUAUCUGCAUUAUUGGUUUAUGACAAAUUUUACUGCCUUGAAUAGUUUUUAAUUCAUUUUAUGACUGCUACACCUCUGUCUGUAGUGCAGACAAUGGAAUAACUAAUCUAUAUACUAUCAGAAUGUGUAAUGGUUGCUUAGGCAUGAGAUGAGAUAUUAGAAAAUGUUAUCAAGUAAAUGAUACUUGAUCUGGCAACAGACAUAUCCUUGCACUAGAGGUCAGAAAGACAGAUAUACUUCAUUUGCUUAAUUGUCCCUAAAGGAAAAUUAGAAAUUAAGUUUAGCUAGGUAACACUUAAGACAUGAGAAAAAUAUAUAGAAGUUCACAUCUGAAGCCCCCGGGUUCCCCCACCUGCCUUCCUGCCUACCUAUAGUAAUAACAAGGCGAUGAAAGGUUAGAUGUUUUAAUAUUGUGCACUUAAUACAGAGAGUAUGAACUGGGACAGGCCUUACCUCUAUGUUGUCUUCUAUUGGAGGACAUUGAAGAAUUGUACACUGAAUACUGUACAUUAUUGCCUCUUUAAAAGAUAAAA